GAAGUAAGUUGGUCAUAUGACAAUUCAUGUGCCGACGAUGUGUAACCACUGUUUUUGGAUUUUACAAGCGGUAGCUUGUAACAUAAAGUUUUGCAUUCGGUCUGAAAUGCCUACCAUUUCACUCCACUCUAAAUGGCUUCUUGCUGCUUUUUAACUUCAACCCUCGGCAUAUUCCUCUCACUGUGGAUAAGCAUAAUCAAUGCCGAGUUCUAUGUUAUAGAUGAUCAGAUCGGUCUUGGGAGACGAUUUGACGGAAUCGGUGGCUUAAGCGGAGGAGGGGCUACGUCAAGACUUUUGGUCAAUUAUGAUGAACCAUAUCGUGGCCAAAUAUUAGACUAUUUGUUCAAGCCAGACUUUGGCGCUUCCUUACAGAUUCUGAAAGUAGAAAUCGGAGGAGAUGCACAGACUACUGAUGGAACAGAGCCCUCUCACAUGCACUAUGAAGGAGAUGAGAACUACUUCAGAGGAUACGAGUGGUGGCUGAUGAAAGAGGCCAAGAAGAGGAACCCUGACAUUACUCUGAUUGGCCUUCCUUGGGCAUUUCCUCGUUGGGUGGGUAAAGAGCAAAGUUCGCCAUACCACAAUCCUGACGUCACUGCUGGUUAUGUUGUGUCCUGGGUCAUUGGAGCAAAGCAGUAUCAUAACCUAAAUAUUGACUAUGUUGGGAUAUGGAAUGAAAGGAAGUUUGAUGCUGAGUAUAUUAAGAUUUUAAGACGCACGUUAGAUAAGGCUGGCCUUACUGAUGUGGGCAUCAUUGCAGCUGAUGGGAACUGGGACAUAUCCGUUGCCAUGGCACUGGAUCCCCAACUUUAUGGGGCCAUUGAUAUCAUUGGGGUUCACUAUCCAGGAACAACGACCAUACCUCAAGCUUUGUGGACCAGGAAGACACUUUGGUCCUCGGAAGACUACAGCACCUUCAACCACAACGAUGUGGGCGGGGGCUGCUGGGCACGCAUUCUCAACCAGAACUAUGUCAACGGGAGGAUGACCUCCACCAUCUCCUGGAACCUGGUGGCAAGUUACUAUGAAGACCUCUCAUUCGGACGGGAUGGGCUGAUGACCGCCGAGGAGCCCUGGAGUGGGAACUAUGUGGUGGAAUCCCCCAUAUGGAUAACAGCUCACACCACCCAGUUUGCAAAGCCAGGUUGGAGGUAUCUAGAGACCGUCGGAAACCUAACACAUGGUGGAAGCUAUGUUUCUCUGACAGACGGGAAAGGGAACCUUACAGUCGUCAUAGAAACUAUGACGCAUGAUCACUCCAUAUGCGUUCGACCUCCACUGCCACCUUACAAGGUGUUCCCUCAAAAUGCAACAUUCCAUCUCAAGGGCUCUUUCGCAACAGUCUCUGAGCUUCAGUUAUGGUACUCCAAAUUUGACUUUGCAAACUCAAAGUCUACCCUCUUCAAGAAACUACAGACUGUCAAGGUUUUUGAUGGAUUCUUCACCUUGAGCUUAGGUGUUGAUGAAGUUUACACCUUAACUACGAUCACAACUGGACAGAAGGGCCGCUACACGGACCCACCCAAUUCAUCCCCAUUCCCUAAGAAGUAUCUUGAGGACUUUGAUGUCCGGAAUCCUUCCUUUGAUGAGGCUCCUAACUUUGCCGACCAGACUGGUGUGUUUGAGUACUUCCAAAAUCUGACUGACCCAGGAGCUCAUGUCUUCACACUACGACAGAUUGUCACUCAGCGCCCAAUAGCCUGGGCAAAUGACGCAGAUCAAACCAUCAGCAUUGUCGGAGAUCAUAGCUGGAGAGAUUUGACUGUCACCUGUGACGUCUUAAUUGAAACCGUGAACACAGGAGGUGUGUUCAUUGCUGCUAGAGUGGACAAGGGAGGCGAGUCUGUCAGGAAGGCUAUGGGAGUCUUCUUCUGGGUGUUUGCCAACGGCACUUACAGCGUGACCAAUGAUAUUGAUGGGAAGAUGGUGCGAGCAGAGGGCUUAUCAGGAACAAGAGCAGGCAAAUGGUACACCCUGACCCUCACAGUCGAGGGACAAUAUGCUUAUGGAAUGCUGGAUGGAUACCCACUGUGGAAGAAUGCCGUAAUUCUAAACCCAAAGAAUGGAUGGGCUGCCAUUGGAACAUACUCUUUUGAAUAUGCCCAGUUUGAUAACUUCCAAGUGCUGGCAGAUUGAAUAGCCUAGCUGUUCUUCACAAAAACUCUGUGUACAUUCCAGUUCCCAAGCACAUAAUUGUGAGCGCUGUCUUGUUAAACAUAUCAUUCCAUGGUUGGGUUGAAUGUUGAAUGUGUUUCAUUCCUGAAGAUUCUCUGGUCCCCUAACAGAUCACAGGGGCAAUUUUAUUCAGGUGUAGUUGAAUGUACUUCUCAAAGUAUUUGUGACUUACAUUUAAAAUAACAAUAGAUUAAAUGAAUGUGAAAUCUAAAAAUCAAGGGGAAAUGUUUACUAUUUUAUUUAGAUUGGAAUUAUGAAAGGGUUCAAGGCUUCCUAGACCAUGCUGUGCCAGUGUUAAUGGAUCCCUUGCCAUUUCACUUUUAUUCAUGCGUGCCUACAAAUGAUUCUGUUUUUUGGAAUAAAUUUGGAAUAAA